GAGGACCUGCUCUCUGUGUAGACGACUAUAAGUUCACGUUUAGUGGCGACUGCAGGCCGUCUGCAGAGAACAGAGGAACAUGGUGGACUCUGUAGUUCCAGAUGAUUGUGAAAAUCAGGUGUCACUUUUACUCCGUCAGCCCAUUUUUCUGCCCGUCAUUCUCAGAGCAGCGUCCGAACACACCUGCUUCCGUCUGCUGGUCCGUUUCUUUCUUUCAGCUCUGACAAGAUGGAGAUGUCGUCUUUGGACAAGAUGGAGAAUUUCCUCAGCAACGUCACUCUCAACUCCAGCAAACCGGAAGUGUGUGAGUUUGGAUCGGGCUACGUGGCCGCCCUCUCGCUGAUCGACAUCAUCACUUUUCUGGUGGGACAACCGGUGGUCAUCAGAGUGCUGUGGAGCUCCUACACAUCCAAGAAGGCGAUAGAUAUCCUGAAUUGUAAUUUAGCUUUAUACCACUACUUGCAGUACUGGUUCGCCAUCGUGCAUUUAUGCGUCCUUCAUUUGAAGCCAAAUAGCCAGAAUACACUCCUCAAGUUUCUGCUUGUGUAUUCAAUGUUCGGAGGCCCGAUGAGUUUGUCUUUUAUCUGCCUGGAGAGAUACGUUGCUGUGAUUCACCCCUUGUUUUACCCCCUGCUGAAGACGUACAGAUUCAGGGAGGCUGCUGCCUCAUUGGUGUGGCUCUUCUCUGUGCCCAUCGCCUUGCUUAGCUCUGUAGUAGGCAACUCUCUCCACGCUCUCAGAGAGACACUUACAAGAGAUCUUCCUCUCGCCUGGUUGUUGGGCAUGAAUGGGAUGAUGGUGCACUGCAGCAUCUGCAUUCUGAAGACGCUGGUGAAGUCCGGCCCGGGUGGAGACAAGAUGUCCCCGCAGAAGAGGAGAGCCUUUAAAACCGUCUGUGCCACUUCAGUCACCAAUCUGAUGUGUUACUUUCCGGUGACUGUCCUGCAGCAGUACGGCUUUGAUGAGAUGGUGUUUGAAUGUUUGGUCACACCUCUGUGUAUACUGUUGUUGUCUGCUGCCAGUGUUGUGCAUCCAAUCUUCUACCUCUCGGCCCAGGGGAAGCUGUUCACCUGCUUUAAGUGAGAAAACAGCCUCAUCGUUUCAUUCCGUUCACUUGAACUCAAACUUAAAGGGUUACUCCCCCUUAAUUAAAGUGUGUUUACACGUCUUGGGGAGUUCUACUGCGUAUGUGAAAAGAGUAGUAAUAAGUCUUUUGUGGCUCCAGAGGAAGCUGCACUUAAUCUGAUAAAUUGCUUCCAGAGACGUCACCCAGUGGUUGCAUUGUGGGUAAUAUAGGCAGCAGCUUUUGAAAAGCCUUACCCUCCUUAUAACAUCGUUGGACUUAUUAUGCACAGUUUAAAUCGAUAGAGAAGAACCAGAAACAUCAACAUUUUAGUCCACACAUUCUUCUUCUUCUUCUUCCUUUUCAAAAGCUACAUUACCCACAAUACAAUUUACCCACUGGUUGUGAUCACUGGGGGCAAUUUAUCAGAUUACAUGCAGCUUCCUCCAGAGCCACAGAAGGCUUCAUACAGUAGUUCUCCAAAAGUGUGUAAAAUUGGUGGCGUUACCCUUUAACUUGAGACUCAGUGAUGGGAAACAGAAUCACCUGAUUGUAGAAAUCUGGCUGUCCAGACUUUGGAGACAAAUUUAGCUACCUGAAAGGAGAUUUUGACCAAAACAAUGAUUCUUUAAUGGAGAAAUAAUGUAACUGUCUCAGUUAAACCUUAAUGCAGGCAGACAUGGUGUGUUGGUGACUGAAUGUGUGAUCAGUUUUGUGGAUUAGCAGUGGAAAUUAGUAUGAAAAACAUGUGACAAAGCACUUACAUGAACACCAUAUCAUCCUAUGAAAAUGUUAUGUAAAUAAGGUUUUUGUUCGAAUAGAGAGUGUUUAUCUUGCGCUGUAUGUUAUUCUGUGGUGAUGGAAAUAUUGAAAUACUGCUUUGACAAAAAACAACAUUCAGCCUUUUGAAUAUAUGAACACGUGUGUUUGCGGUGUAAACCUCCUCAACAUAUUUUGUAUUUAUUUGAAGAAAGACAAAAGUGGCUGAUGGUGCAUCAUCAAAAGUCAGUGUAAUGUAUGUAAUGUACGCACCUCUGUCAUCUGAUGACGACAGGUGCAUUACGUUCUGUAAUGUGUCAUA